AUGGUGACGGACACGCCCAUUCUGAACCCGUCGGGGCAGCUGGUGGGGGUGAUCGGCGUGUCGGCGGACAUCCGCGACAUCAAGCGCAAGGAGGGCGAGAUCCGCGCGCUCAACGCAGCGCUGGAGCGAUGCGGCAUCAAGGACUUGGAGCAAUCGAGCAGCCGCAUAUCACAGCAGUCGCUGGUGUUGGAGCGGAUGGUGGCGGAGCUGCGCGAGGCGCGCUCUGAGGCGGAGUCCGCCAACCGCCUAAAGUCGCAGCAUGACGCGGCUGCUGCUGUCUACGCCGCUGUCGGAGGAGCAGAACGGCAUCAUGGAGAUGAUCCGCAGCAGCCGACACGCGCUGCUGGCCAUCUGGAUCCGAGCAAGAUCGAGGCGGGCGAGCUGGAGAUGGGCACCGCGAAUUCGGCGUCAUUGCGUGCAUCGAGGACAGCGUCAUCCUGCUCGCGCUGCCCCCCUUACCUGGAGUGUAGGUGGCGGCUCUGCCCCGCCCAGUGCGCCAGAUUACCCUCAACCGCCUCCUCGCCUCCUCCUGCCAACCUUGCCUCCUCCGGAUACUGCUCACGUAUGUGCCAUGGGUUGGGAUGGCAUGCGUGGCGUGGGGUGGCAUGGGAUGUCAUGUGGUGGCAUGUGGUGGCAUGGGAUGUCAUGUGGUGGCAUGUGGUGGCAUGUGGUGGCAUGUGGUGGCAUGAUGGGACAAUGGGGAGCAUCGGGGGAGGCAGCGACGGGGGGAAUGGGGGAGCAUCAGGGGAGGCAGCGACGGGGGGAAUGGGGGAGCAUCAGGGGAGGCAGCGACGGGGGGAAUGGGGGAGCAUCGGGGGAGGCAGCGACGGGGGGAAUGGGGGAGCAUCGGGGGAGGCAGCGACGGGGGGAAUGGGGGAGCAUCGGGGGAGGCAGCAUCGGGGGGAAUGGGGCAGUAACUGGGGAGGCAGCAUCGGGGGGAAUGGAGUAACUGGGGAGGCAGCAUCGGGGGGAAUGGGGCAGUAA